UCAAAGAGUUGAUUCCCCUCCCCCGUUUGUAGGCUCCCUUUAGGUACUGAAAGAAUGAGCAGAUGGCUGACUGUGUGGUCUCAGAGGCUCAGGGAAAGCAGCAUGUCUCAUUUAUGGCAUGUUUGUCUCGAGCCUGUGUAGAGUUUCUUGCGGCAGCAUGGACCUGUGCCCUGAGACAGAACAGCCUGCUAAAGGAGUGGCUGAGUGGGCAUCUGUGUUUACUGUUGUUGAAAUCGCAAAUAGGGAAGAAAUCAAAUUGCAUUGAUUUCCUAGUGGAAGUGGAAGAGUACCUGGCUUCUAAAUCACUGCAGUCAGAGUCUGGUGUGGUCAUUUCUAGGUGUGAACACCUUGCUGGUGCGUGAGUCUUCUGCCUUGGCUUCUGCAAUGGCCAGGGCAGCCGCUGCUGUGGAUGGGAGCAAUUCUCUUAACAAAUGAAAUGUGGAAGUAAUAUAUCAUGCUCCUGUUUCUUGUUGUCCUUUGAAGGCUUUGCUCGUAUUCACAGUAUUGCAGAGUCCAGGUCUGGAUGCUGAGGGCAUCGAACAGCACUCGGAGGGUGAGGAAGGAGUCUGAAAGCUCUGGCCGUGCUUCCUUCAGGCAGGAGAUAUGGUCUGGGGGCCUGCACUGCAAGGUGAAAUUCAAUCCAUGUUUGUUAUCAUCACCAAAACUUAGUUCACUUGUCUCUUUUUUUGGUCACUUCUACUAGCAUGAGCUUCACUGGAUUGUUCCUUAGGUGUAAAAGUAGAUAGCAGCUGGUUUAUAUGGGGUCAUAGCACAAAUGUUUCCUUAGGGCAGAAUGAGCAGCUUGACAACCAGAUUGGAGAUGCUGCUGUGCUCUGUGGAUCAGUUCAUUUCAGUGCUGGUAAAUGGUGAAUGGCAACUAGCUGGAAGAUGCCGUGUCUUAAGGCACCAGGCAACUCACUUUCUUCUUCAGGAGAAUAAAUAUGAUGAAGAAGCUGUGAAAUGCCCUCUGCUAGCAAGCUGUGUAUUUCAGAAAUGCUGGUAUUUCUCAGAUGUCAUCUGACAGGGAGCCUGCUGUGGGUUUCUUAAUGACACUGUGUCAGUUGUUGCUAGUAGGAUUUUCUUAUGUCUAUGAGAAAUGCCUGUUGAGUUUAUAGGAUUGGUGAUGGGAAAAAGGAGAUUUGGAACUUGUUACUGAGAAAACUAAAAACUGAGUGGUGUUAUUGCGGGGAACAGUCACACUGGGAAACCUUCUGUAGUGCUGUGCCUUGGGUUUCUCUGCCUUUCUUGGCUUUGUGGCUACUCUGGGAUGUCUUUGAGUCCGUUGUCUUGAAUUAAUUAUGCCUUAUUUCUUUCUCUUGAAUGGCAGUUCUGUUGGGCAGAAAUGAGGUGGUGUGCCUGCUAGCUGCUCCCUGCAGGCUGGCAACUUUGGAUUUUUCUGUUGGACUGCCUAAAAAGGAAGCUGGAUGGCAGAGAACCAAGUGGAAGCAUUGUUAAGAUGGGAUUAUGAUGGUUGUCGCAGUGUCUGCACCAUUAUUCAGUUGUCUGGGAAGAGCAUAAUGGCAGCAGUGGAACCCACAGUGGAGCCAUGUCUCAAGCCGUGCAGACCAACGGGACGCAGCCUUUAAGCAAAACCUGGGAGCUCAGCUUGUACGAGUUGCAAAGAACACCUCAGGAAGCGAUCACUGAUGGCUUGGAAAUCGUGGUGUCACCCAGGAGCCUGCACAGCGAACUCAUGUGUCCCAUUUGUUUGGAUAUGUUAAAAAACACCAUGACGACAAAAGAGUGUUUGCAUCGUUUCUGUGCUGACUGUAUCAUUACAGCCCUCAGGAGCGGCAACAAAGAAUGUCCCACCUGUCGUAAAAAGCUGGUGUCAAAAAGAUCGCUGCGACCUGAUCCCAAUUUUGAUGCUCUCAUCAGUAAAAUUUAUCCAAGCCGUGAUGAAUAUGAAGCGCAUCAGGAGAGAGUGCUAGCAAGAAUCAGUAAACACAACAACCAGCAAGCUUUAAGUCACAGCAUUGAAGAAGGACUAAAGAUUCAGGCUAUGAACAGGUUACAGAGGGGCAAGAAACAACAGAUUGAGAAUGGCAGUGGAGCAGAAGAUAAUGGUGACAGUUCACACUGUAGCAAUGCCUCAACACACAGCAAUCAGGAAGCAGGGCCUAGUAACAAAAGGACCAAAACAUCAGAUGAUUCUGGGCUAGAACUGGACAAUAACAACACAGCUGUGGCCAUAGACCCCGUACUGGACGGUGCCAGUGAAAUAGAAUUAGUCUUCAGGCCUCAUCCUACCCUCAUGGAGAAUGACGACAGCGCACAGACGAGAUACAUCAAGACCUCAGGCAAUGCCACUGUUGAUCACUUGUCCAAGUACCUAGCUGUGAGAUUGGCUCUGGAAGAGCUUCGGAGCAAAGGAGAAUCAAACCAGAUGAAUCUUGACACGGCCAGUGAGAAGCAGUAUACUAUUUACAUAGCUACUGCCAACGGACAGUUCACUGUGUUAAAUGGGUCGUUCUCCUUGGAGCUGGUCAGUGAGAAGUACUGGAAAGUGAACAAACCCAUGGAACUGUACUAUGCACCGACGAAGGAACAUAAAUAAGCUGUGUUGGAAAACUGAGAUGGGACUAACUCUCUUUUUAUAGCUAUGACUUCUUUAAAAUUAAAAGAAAGCACCGUCAUUAUCUUUAUGGACAAUACAUAUGUGAUGCCUUCAGGCUCUCUCAGUAUACUUAUUAAUAUGAUUAGACAGUAUUCUUGAUUGUAUUUAAUUUAGACUUUUUUUUCGUUGUUUUUCUCUAGUGCUUGACAUGCUUUUGUUCCCAGUGUGUGAUAACUGAAUGAGUGUUCCAGUUUGGAAUGUCUUAAUUUUAUCCAGGUAAAUCUGGAUUUCUAAUACAUUUGACACAAUUAUAGUAGCCUCUGUGAAGUACUGAGCAUUGGAUGGCUAAGUCAGUCUAUUCAAUAGUAAUGUAUGCCAAGGAAUGUGUUAAAUGUUGUAAUUUGCUAAUGGUUAUCCAUAUAAAAGAUGGUAGAAAAUUGAUUUCUGAUAGGAAAGAUGAAUUAUUCAGUCUUUUUUUUUUUAAACAAAUACAGCUAUAGUGAGAAAACGGACACUUUAAAAACCUUGCUACUUACUGAGCUUCAGUGCAAGGUGAUUCCUGAAGUUGGUUUGCUUUUUAACAAAACAAAACCAAACAAACCCCAAACCCUUCCCCCUAUAGAAAUUCCAAUCUUGUUUCACACUGCAAUUUCCCAUCUGACUCCUGUUGCAGUGGUAGUCCUGUCCUCACAAACUUAGUCAAAAUCUUACAGAAGUUUUACAGCCCUACUCUGUUCGAUAUAAUAACAGGUUUUCAUUGAGAACGUAUCAGAACUGUCUGCAAAGAAUCAACCUAAAUGUCUUUAGAAAGCAAAUCCCUUAAAUUCCAGCGCACUGACAUAAUGCAAAGUGAAAUAUUUUGCUUUACAGAAUUCUUGCCACCCAGCUGUGAGCUUAUCUCAGCUUCAGUUUGAGUAGGGAGGACUUCAACCAUAAGCUGCUCUAAGAUUACUU